CCCCCCCCCCUCUCUCUCUCUCUCUCUCUUCAUUUGUUCUGAAAAACCCUCCUGGCACAAACCAGCACCGGUCGCGCUUCGAAUUUCAGAACUCGAGCUAUUUACAAACAAAAGGCUAGGGUUUCGAGUUCUUUAUACGGCUCUUUAAUGGAAGCUCUUUUAAGCUCUUCUCUAUUCGUUUCCAAGUUGCCGGACGCGCAUCAAGUUGUCGCCGCACCUCCAUCUUCGAUCAGAACUCUUAAUCAGCGUAUUACUCUUGCUACUGCUCCUAGUACCGGCCCUGUGAGAGUCCAUGAAAGUUUUCCUAUUACGUCGCCUCGGACUUGCGGGUCUCGUGUUCUCGCGUUCUCACGGGAAUUGUCGGACGAAAACGAAGAGGAAAUACAGGUCGAGGAGAGCGGACUGGGUUCAGUUUCUGAAGACAGUGCUUCUUUGACGCAGGGUAAUGAGGACUGCAAUCAGAACAUCGGAGAGGUAGGAAAAAAGACACCAAAGAUCAUCUUUAACGUCACAUAUGGAGGUGGAACGGGGGGAAGCACAAGAGCUGGGCUAUUCAGAACUCCAAUAUCAGGUGGGGUGCAGAGUGCCACUUCUGCGCAUGGUUUGCCUCCACCCGCCUUAGCAGUGCGCAAUCUGAUGGGGCAGGCUAGGUUUGCUCAUGUGUGUACGGUGAUGUCUCGGAUGCACCAUAGACGAGAAGGAUACCCAUUUGGUUCACUUGUUGACUUUGCACCAGAUUCGAUGGGACGAAGCAAUAAGUUACUGUAUUGGUUUCUUUUCCGUGUUUCCAGAGGCGUCAGAUCAUCUUCGGCUGAUCCAAUAUUUUCAUUUUCACCUUUGGCUAUUCAUACGCGAAAUUUGUUAGCUGAUCCAAGAUGCACCCUUGUUGUGCAGAUACCUGGAUGGAGUGGCUUAUCAAAUGCAAGGGUGACAAUAUUUGGUGAUGUCUUUCCUCUUCCAGAACAUCAGCAGGAAUGGGCACACAAACAGUAUAUUGCCAAGCAUCAGCAGGGGCCUUCUCAACAAUGGGGAAACUUCUACUAUUUUAGGAUGCAGAAGAUAAGUGACAUUUAUUUCAUUGGAGGCUUUGGAACCGUUGCUUGGGUUGACGUGAAGGAAUACGAGGCUGUUCAACCUGACAAGAUUGCAGUGGAUGGUGGCGAGCAAAAUCUGAAGGAGCUCAAUGCUAUCUUCUCAACGCCCCUUAAAGAGCUUCUGUCCAUGGAAAUCGAAGUAGACGAUGCUGCUCUUAUAUCGAUAGACAGCAAAGGAACCGAUAUUCGAGUUCGGCAAGGCGCCCAAUUCAACAUACAGAGGCUAUCAUUCGAGGAGGGGCAUGCAGUAGAAACAUUGGAGGAAGCCAAGUCGGCACUUUGGAAGCUAAUAUACAAGGGCCGAGUGUGCAAUUUGCAGAAAUAGUUAAUAGGAUCCCAAUUCAUGUGUACAAUUUAUUCCUUUUUUUUUUUUUCUCUGUUAGUGUUGAACUUUUAAUAGAGUGUGUUGUAUAAAUUAUAAUCGGUUGAGUGUACAAUUUUGCUUGGAAUAAAUGUUGUAUUGGGUUGUUAUGUUGCACGAAAA